GUCGGUAUGGCAAGGGGUAUAACUUUGGUUUUUAUUUGUGUGAUCUGGCAUACAGUUGUACCAUUGACAAAAUCCAUUGAUUGGUAUGAUGAUGAAACAGAUCACGAUGACGACAAUGAUGAUACAGAUGGUGAUGAUUACGAUGAACAGGAAAUAAUAAACCUGCUUACAGACUGGAUAUUUGAAGAUUCUACAGAAGAAGAUCCUUGUUCAACCAGUCCUUGUGAAAAUGAAGGCACCUGUGAAACAAUUGGCUCACAAUUCACAUGUCACUGCCAUCCCCUCUAUACAGGAAAGACAUGUCAGAUAGUGAACAAUCCCUGUCAGAAGAGAACGUGCCUGCAUGGAGAAUGUGUCCUUACAGAUACACCACCAUAUCACAAGUGCAAAUGUGACUACCCUUACAAGCCUCCGAACUGCAAACAACGAGUAUUCACCUGUUCAAGAAACCCCUGUAAAAAUGGAGGAGUUUGCAAAGUGGGACGAACAAGAAGAUCUUUCUCUUGCUUGUGUCCAAAGAAAUUCACAGGCAGAUUUUGUGAAAUAGAUGUAGAUGACUGUUAUGAAGAUAAUGGUGAAAACUACAGAGGCAAUGUUGAUAUAACAGAACAAGGGAAAACAUGUUUAUACUGGAGUUCUCACUUGCUUCUAAGGAAAAAUAUUAAUAUACUUGGAGACCAAGCUGAAGUAAACGGCCUUGGAGAUCACAGAUUUUGUAGAAAUCCUGACGAUGAUGUUAAACCUUGGUGCUUUUUCAAAGAACGCAAUGGAAAACUGAAAUGGGAUUUUUGUUCAAUCUCUCAAUGUGAGAGAGAUUAUACCACCAUGCCUGAGGUUGACAUAGUCACCGAGAGCAUUGCUGCAACAGAGCUCCCACAAACCUUUGAAAGCUGUGGCGAAGCAUUGAGUCCCAGGCAAAGUAUAAGUCGUAUCUAUGGUGGAAGGAAGACAUUGCUUGGCAGACACCCUUGGCAAGCAUCUUUACAACUAAAAUCUCAUGUAGGUAUUUAUGAAAAAGGACAUCUGUGUGGAGGGGCCUUGAUUACACCUUGCUGGGUUCUUACGGCAGCUCACUGCUUGGAAGCAAGCCUACAACCCAAGCAUUAUCAAAUAUUACUCGGGAAACAUAAUAUAGAAUACAUAGAACUCAAUGAACAACAGUUUGAUGUUGAGAGAAUCAUUGUACAUCCAAACUAUGAAGAGACAGACAGUGCCUUACACAAUGAUAUUGCCUUAAUAAAGUUGAAAAGUAUUGACGGAUGGUGUGCCAAUGAAACCAAAUAUGUCAAAACAGUAUGUUUACCAGUUAGCAAUCCACCUCUCAACUUGUCGUGCUACAUUUCAGGAUGGGGUGUAACAGAAUCAGGGAACAGUUCAGAUUAUUUAUUGGAUGCAUCUGUCAAGUUAAUCUCGCAACAAUCUUGUAACAGAGUGAGAUCUUACAAUGGUGUCAUUGAUGCAUCAAUGUUUUGUGCAGGAAAUUUAGAAAAAGGUGGAGUGGAUUCUUGCCAGGGAGACUCAGGAGGACCAUUGACCUGUUUGAAAGAUGGACGCUAUGAGAUCUAUGGAAUAGUGAGCUGGGGGGAUCACUGUGGAGUGAAGAACAAACCGGGUGUUUAUGCCCGUGUCACCACAUUCCUUAACUGGAUUCAAGGAAUAAUUAACUAGUUUUUAAUUUUUCAACUUGCAAAUAAAAUCAAAAUUAAAUUUAAUAGCUCAGCUAUAGUUUGUGUUACUUUCACU